UACUUACCUGUGUGCGUUCAUACGAGCGUGCAGGUCUGAUCAAUUCCCGUCACUGUUUGCUCUUUGUAGUUCAAUUUAAAUGUAGUUUAUUGAGCACCGGCCGAAUAUUUGUGGACUAAUAGUCAAAUCCAGGUCGAUCGACCUUUUUGUGCUCUCCGGACUUCCGGCAGAAACUCGUCAGACUGCGACAUUUCCCCCAUAUGGUACCCUGAGGCCUGAGUCCAGCGUCAGGGAACAGUAGAAACAGCCACCAGAGGAGGGUCUGGGCCGAGUGUUGUCCCUAUGGAGAGCACCCCGUCCUGGACCAGUGGUCCAAAUGGGGAAGGGCCAUACCGAGAGCGCUCUGUCGACCCCGUCGAGACUGAGAUCCAGCACUUCGGAGUGAGACACAAAGUCAACAAGGAUGCCAAUGGAAAUACGACCGGACCAGAGACCGUAAGCUUUCUCCCGGUCAAAGAGGAGCCCGUCUCGGGGACGUGUGUGUGCGGACCGUGUGCUUCUGUGAGGAGCUGCAGGAGGCUCUUCUGCAGUGUUUUGACUUGUGGACUGUACCGCGUGUGCCGGCGCUUGCCUUGUCUCGUUUCGAGCGAAAGCUCCGCUCCCAAAGCGCCGGUGGAGACCCAGUCCAGUCCUCCACAGACGGAGAACGGCUUCUAUUCCGACAUCCGCAUUGGUGGCGUCAAAGUGGACCCGUCCGUCUUUGAAGAAGAUGACGAUCACGUGUCGUUCUCCACUUCCAAAUUCGAGAUGGACAGUCCGAGUUACUUCAGUAGCUUACCGGAGGAUGAGUUGAUCUACGGCAGCGGGAUGGAAGACGUGGACAAACUCAUCACCCGGAAGCUCAUGGAGGUCUUCUCCGAGUUCGAGAUCAACGAGCUGGCCAAGUGCACCACGGACUCCAUGUUCCUGCGGCGUUCCCGGGAGAUCAGUCAGCUGAUCUCGGACAUCGUGGAGGAGCACAACAUGCAGGAGCAGGAGGCCGAGUGCCGGCUGGUGCGAGAGAUCAUUCGCAUCAGCACACGCAAGAGUAAGAAGAAGCCGGCGGUCCGGCCCCAGGAGCUGCAGCGGGACAGCGGCAAUGACACCUGGAACAGCAAGAGGAACAGCCAGAAGAGCAGCUUCAACUCCACCGGCGAUGGAAAGUUGCAGAUUUCAAUGGAGAGGUCAGAUGACAUUGAAGCCAGGAAGUUACGCAACAACAGUAGCCAGUCGUUCUCUCCGAGCUUCCAGGAGACCGGUGUGCGGAUCACAUCGGAUGCUCCUCUGCUCCCCAGCAGCGUACGAGCGUGAGCGAGUCCCGUCUUCAUUUCCACACAGAUGAGUGCUCCUGAAGAAGAUGUCCCCUGGCUUGGAGUCAGCGGCCGAUUUUGAAGUGUACCCCUAAAAAUUGUGAUUUGAUGGGUAGAUGUUUUAGCAUAUCUCAAAUGAUAGGUGUGUUUAUGUAUCUAUUUCAUAUUUUCCUGAGAGGGAUGUGUGAAGUACCUCAGCGUCGCUGUCCAGAAGACACGAGUGACUCGCAGAGAAUGAAGAAUGAGAAGCAGUCUGUAUGGCCAUAAUAGGCCUGAUGCUUUCAUAAUGAUUUAACUUUUUCAUGCAUUUCUGCCUUUUCAAGAGAUUUUUCAUCCAAAAAACGAAACUUCUGUCAUUUUAUUAAAAACACAGUGGCUUUUGAAGACUUGUAAUGUAGCAAAUGAGUCAUAUAGACUACUUUUUAAUGAUUUUAUCCUCAAAGAUUGGCAAGAAUAUUGUUCAGAAAAUGGAAGAAAGUUUUUCCUUUGUACAUUUUUGACUUUUGAAUAGUGAACUGUUCCUUUACUGCUAAGAUGAAGAAUGUAUUGGUCAAAUGUUGGCACUCGAGUGAAGUUUGUUGAGCCAGAAUGAAUGUUAAAGAGUUUUAAAUGGGCCUGGAUGCUUAUUUAAACGUCCAUAGAAACAACUCAUGCACUUGCCAUAUGCAAAAUCUAGGAUAGCAUCUAAUUAAUGCUUUAUUUUCAUGUAUUUUAAUGGUGCAAGAGUUAAAAAAAAUAUCUUAUGUAAGACUGCUUUGUUUGCUUAAUAAUAAAAUCUUUGCUGCACGUAGAUGUUA